AAGAAAGCUGUGGAGCAAAAUGAGUCUAUAAAUCAACGUGUUUCACUCGCGUUUUGGAUAAUUACACACAUCGCAAGGCGCUUCUUGUUCGAGUUUGUGCAUUUGGUGCGGAAUUUCGAACGCGGAAUUUGAAAUUAAUAAUUGAAAUAAAAUGUCUUUGUCGAUAACAGAGGCGGUUGGAUUGGUCGUCGCUGUUUUCCUUCUGAUUUAUUAUUAUUCUGUAUCAAAGCUUGAAUUUUGGCAGAAACGUGGCGUGAAAGGACCGAGGCCUAUCCCGUUUUUCGGGAACUUUAAGGAUAUAUUUCUGGGAAGAAGUUGUAUUCACGACUGCUUCGAGAAGGUAUAUUAUGACUACAAGGACGAACCAGUGAUCGGCUUGUAUGCAGGAAAUAAUCCGUUAUUAGUUUUGAGAGACCCGGAUCUGAUGAAAGAUGUCCUUAUUAAAGAUUUUCCCAAGUUUGCUGAAAGAACGCAGCGUCCUUAUCGAGAGGUCGAGCCAUUAUCGGAACAUCUCUUCAGGCUAGAAGUAGAGAGAUGGAGGCCCUUAAGAACCAGACUUUCGCCUGUCUUCACCUCCGGAAAGUUGAAGGAGAUGUUUCACUUGUUGCUAGAAUGCUCGGAACACUUUGGCCGGUAUCUGGAAAGGAUAAUCGCGAAGGGCGAGCCGAUCGAGUGUCGUGAAAUCUCCGCGAAAUUUACCACGGACGUGAUCGGUUCUUGCGCUUUCGGCAUCGAGAUGAACGCGCUCGCAGCAGAAGACAGCGAGUUCCGUAAAAUGGGCAGGAAAGUCUUUCAGACGAGCUGGAAGACGAUGAUUAGGGACAGGUUGAGGGAGUAUCCGUUUUUGUUUAAACUGUUUGGUCGUUUUUUCGUCGAGAAGGAUGUUGCCGCUUUCUUUACGAGAAUCACCAAGGAGAGUAUAGAUUACAGAAUUGAGCACAAUGUGCGAAGAUACGACUUCGUGGACUCUUUGAUAGACUUGAAGCAGAAUCCGGACAAAACCCGCCUUCUAGAAAUAGACGAUGUCCUUCUGACGGCCCAGGCUUUCGUUUUCUUUGCUGCCGGCUUCGAAACGUCUUCGCUAACGAUCAGUCAUUUUCUGUACGAGUUGGCAGUGAAUCAAUCGAUUCAAGAGAAAGUUCGAGAAGAAAUUAAGAAUGUCUUGCAAAAGACUAAUGGGGUGGUUAUGUACGAUAGUAUAAAAGAGAUGAAGUAUUUGGACGCAUGUUUCCAAGAAACAUUGAGAAAGUAUCCAGUAUUAGUAUGGCUUUCCAGAACAGCGUUAGUAGAUUACACGUUCUCAGGAACGAAAAUUACCAUACCAAAGGGUCAACAAGUUUUUAUUCCUGUUUACGCGAUUCAAAUGGACCCGGCAGUUUAUCCAAAUCCACAAGUUUUCGAUCCUGAGAGGUUCACCGGUGACAACGCGAAAAGCAGACAUCCAAUGUUCUUUUUACCUUUUGGCGACGGUCCGAGAAAUUGUAUUGGUGCAAGAUUCGCUAAAAACCAAUCAAAGAUAGCAAUUAUCACUAUUUUAUCGAGAUUCAAGGUCGAAGUAUGCGAUAAAACUUUUAAAAAAUACGAUAUGGAUAAGAAGGCACUAUUUCUCCUGCAACCAACACACGGAAUAUAUGUGAAGAUGACAAAGUUGACAGAAUAAACUACUCAAUUUUUAAUCUGCACAAUGGAACAAAAAUCGUUAUAGGAAAGGGUCAGGCUACGAGGAUACGGUCGAUCUACGAGAUUCAUCGUGAUUCCAAUAUUUACCCUGAGUCGGAUCUGCCUCGGAUCCCAGGGGUUCAGUUCAAGAACGAGGAUUCCGUGUCAGCAAAUCCGAUGUCCUACCUAGCUGCUUUAGCGAAGGUUCAAGGAACUGCAUCGGUAACGCCGUGAAAAAUCUAUUAUUGUGUCCGGAGGAUCUCCUCGCGUUUUCUGAAAUAUUGAAUUCGUUUGCUUUCACUGAACUCCACGGAUGUACACUCUCUUGUUAUUCAAUAUACGUGAGUAGAUUUAUCACGUAGUUAUUUUCGAAGGAAUUGUGAAAAUAUAAUGAAAUUAAAAUUCGGGUUUCGUUUCUUUAUUUAUACCUAAAAGCAUAGUAAUUGUGCCUAGUAAUGAGGCAACGUACAAAGGCAAUUUGUGGCUUCAAUUUUUAACUCGUUACUUAAUUUGUAUAGGAUUGAGAUGAAAAAUAUUUUUAUACAGAAUGAAAUGUUUUAUAUUUCUUCAGUUUAUUGCUGAAAUAUAGACAUAUAUAUAGAAGUGUAAAUAUGAAUACAUACAUAUGGAUACAAGUAUAAUAUGGAUACAUAUGGAUACAAGUAUAAACGAAAGUUGGGCUUGUAAAGAUAGUAAAAAAGAUCUUGUGCAAUGGGAUAAGCUUAAACUGUAUAGAGAUAAAAAUGAUUCUUAAGUCUCAAAAAAAAAGAAA